AGCAAGUUAACGGAUCGGGUAUCCGGGCCGAACUCUCUAGAAAGCCUAGAACCCUGAACAGAGAACCAACUCGCUAUCAGUUUGCGGCCUAAGCACAAGGCACAGCACCCACUGCGUAGAAAACGCCCCAACCUCUCUCUAUCUCUUCCUUUCCUUAUCCAUGGCGGCUUCUUUCAUUUCCUUAUCUGGACCCUUCACUUCCAGCAGACCCAACUUCCCCCCUCUCGCUAACAAGGGCUCAACAGGUUUAAAGUGGAGAUCUUUGCGGGUCUAUGCAAUUUCAAAGAAAUAUGAACCGUCUAAGGUUAUGCCACAAGCUGAUAGAGUCUUGAUUCGUCUAGAGGCCCUACCGGAGAAAUCAGCUGGAGGUGUUUUGCUGCCAAAAUCAGCGGUUAAAUUUGAGCGCUACCUUAUGGGAGAGGUCCUUUCUAUUGGUGCUGAGGUUGAGAAAGUGGAGACUGGAAAGAAGGUUCUUUUCUCAGACAUAAAUGCAUAUGAGGUUGACUUGGGAACAGAAGAUAGGCACUGUUUCUGCAAAGCAGACGAUUUGCUGGCUGUGGUCGAGUGAUAGAAAAAGUCCAACUGAGUCUGUGUUUUCAUUGCUUUAAAUAUCAUUUUGUAACGGUUUAGUGAACCUCUCGAGGAAACAAUGUCCAGCCUGUUUAUCAAAUAUUUUGCAACUUCAAAAUAAUCGGUUUGGACUUGUGGUGUGUUAUUACUCUUUGUUGUAGUAUCAUGUGGUUUUUCUUUCCAACUCUUCCGCCAAUUGAACUGCGAAUUAGUUGUUGAUCUGCUGAUCGAGAUACUUGGUGAUGUUGCUGGAAAAAUGAAAUAUUCUUGAGAAGCUUUAGAUUUCUGAUGUUGCUAGAAAAAACUGUGAUUAUGCUUUAUUAGGUACAUUUUAUGAUUUAUAUAUAUAUAUAUAUAU